UCCAUUUUUUCCAUUUUUCCUUUUGUUUGGGUUUUCUCAUCUUGUCGUAUCUUCAAGAUGGAUGAUUCUCGAUCACAGCAACUUGCAACUAUUGCAAAACCAACGCAAAUUUAUCGCUACCUAAGGAAUCGCCAUCUCUUUUCGCCCAUAUUUUUGCAUCGAACUUUAUCUUAUAUGAGACAUCGGAUAUCUCGGAGUCAUAAAGGAAGAAAAAACUUCAAAGUUGAUUCUUUAUACGAAAAAGUGGCCACAAAAAAUGGAGACUUCAAUGAUAAAAAAUUACAGCAUCUUAUUAUUGCCAGUAUUGGUGUUUUUUCGAAAAAUUUUGACAACAAAAGCCGAGCAAAUUUGGAAGUAUCUUUAGUUAAAUUUUGCCAUAAGAAACGUAAAGAUACAAUUACUCCUGUCAGCUCUACAUCAAUUGGUAGCUGUGAAAUUCCUAUCAAUCCAAGUGAUCAAGCACCUAAUCCUAUUACAUUGACAGUGCCAAAAGAAUGCUUCAAUUUGGUACAUGGGCAUCUAGUCAAAUGUUAUUCCCUCCAGUUUAAAAUCACUACAAGUAAAACUUGUAUACAAAAUGGUGACACUAAAACAAGUGAAGAAGGUGAAAGUACACCAUCAUUUAAGAAGAGAAAAAUUUCACAUACUGAAGAAUUCACAAGAGAAUUAACCGUUAUUGAUCGUAAUCAUCAAUGUGUUCUUACCAAUGGAGAAUAUCAGAUUGUUCUUGAACAAGAUAAAUCAGAAGCAAAUAAUAAUAACGGUAACAACAAUAAUAAUAGUGAUACUUGUAGUAAUAAUAAUGGAACCUCCACUGCCACCACAACCAUAAAUGGUAAUAGUAAUGGUACAAAUGGUACAAAUGGAAACAGUAACAAUAAUAACAGCCAAGCCGUUGACAAUCAGGUCAAUAAUCAUAAAGUCUCAUCAUGGGAAUCACUUUCUCAGACUCAAAAUAAUGGAGCCAUUGUAUUUGAAAAAGGACCUGUUUUAGUUUUCCAUUUAAUUUGGACUGAUAAUCCUGGUAAUUCAAAAUUACUACUACUCAAUACACCUUUAAGCUGUCCAAACAAUGAGAAUAAUUCACUACUUUUCAAUGGAGGUGGAUCAUCGAAUCAGCUUCUCAAAAGAAAUGGUUUUCCCUCAUCAUCAACUAAAUCAUGUUCCAGUAGCUCAUCGUCAACAGUUUCCAAUUCAGCUGAUUUUCUUGAUAAAAAUCCUAAAGCCUGUGGUAAAAUAACCUACAGAUUUCUCCAUGGAGAGGUUAUACUUCAACAAACCAAAUCAACGCACGACUUGAAGUGCCCAUGGUGCUCAUUGAAGUGUAAAGUGGUCAUGUCACUGAUGCAUCAUUUAAAAAAUUGUCACAUGAGGUUUAACUUUUCACUUAUUCCAGAUCCUAAAGGUUAUAAAAUAAACGUUACCGUUAACGAUACUUACGAUGGUUCCUAUGAUGGUAAUCCAUAUGAUCUUUCCCAUGUUACCACUGGCCAUGCAUUCAGUAAAAAGGGUCCAGUCCGACGAUCAUCGGUCACCCAACUUAUUUAUCUUAAACCAAAAAAACUUCCUCCACCUCAAUUCAUUCAAACUGAUGACCCGGACGGUAUUGUCUCUAUUAGACCUUUUGUCCGUGGUCAUAAUCGACAAUAUUAUCAAUCGACUGAUUGUUUCCCCAUAAAACCUCAAGAGAUUGAUGAAGACAGUGAGGCAGAAAUUGACCCUGAAUGGAUGAGAAUUAAAACACAAUUAAUGAUCGAUGAAUUUACAGAUGUAAAUGAAGGAGAAAAGGAAGUAAUGAAAUUAUGGAAUCUCCAUGGAAUGAAACAUGGGUAUGUUGGUGAUUGUCAAAUACCCGCUGCAUGCGAUAAAUUUGUUGAUCAAUAUUGGCAAGAGAUUUUCACUCGUGGUUUAUACAAGAAUUUUAUUCUCCAUUUAAACAAUUUGUUUGACUUUGGAAUUUUACCUGCUACUCAUAUGAGAUCAGUGAUUAAAAGACUUAAUCAGUAUAGAAAACAAAUUAUUAAGAAACAAGAAUCCAAAUAACAAUUGAAAUUGGAGAGAACCAUCAUCUUAAUCAUUCAACAAUCAGAGAAAAACAAACAAUUGUAAUCAUCUUUUUUUAUAUUCUUUCUUUUUUUCAUCAUAAUGGUCUUUUUAUAAUUAUUCACAUUGUGUAUUAUCCACAACAAUCAACACAUCAUCAUAAUUACCUCUUAACAAAAUAAACUUAUCGAUAAUAUAAAUUGUCUCUCAUUUA